UGGCCAAGAGCAUUCAGUUGCUUUAGUUGUACCAUGCCGAGCGGACCGCUGAGUUAGGAUCGGUUGAGAAGUCUGGCAUACGAGUGGAAGUGGAAGUGUAGAUAGUGACCGUUAUGGAUACCCUGCUGAUCGCCAUUCUGGCCAUCGGACUGCUCCACAGAGAUGCGCUAUGCUAUCCCACGAGGGACGAGUCCGAGGACAAGAUUAUAGUCCUUCAGAACGAGGAGAUGGAGCCCACGAUCCUGGACUGCGACUACGAGGUGGAGGAGAGCCCGAAGUUCAUCACCGUCAAGUGGUACAGAGACGACAAGUCCAUAUACCAGUGGAUCUUCGGGACACCUCCAUAUGCCAUCCCCGAGUUCAGGAACGAGAUUGACAGCACCUAUGAAAGCUCCACGGAGCCGAGCAAGCAGUACAGCUCGCUGGCCUUGAUCAACCCCACGAUCGCCACCACCGGCGACUACAAGUGCGUGGUGCAGACCUCGCUGAACACCUUCUCCAGCCACCAGAGGGUGCAGGUCAUAGACCUGAGGAACUACACCCUGGAGCUGUCCCACAAGACGAUCCACAACGAGACGCAGCUGAACUGCACCGUGACGAACGUGUAUCCCAGGCCCACCAUCACGAUAAUAUCCAACGACAUGGACGUGGUGAAGCGGGAGCCCAUGGUGUACGAGAACGAGGAGGGAUACUUCGAUGGCAGCGCCGUGGUGGCGGCCUACGACACCGACGACGAUCCCGACGCCUACCAGUGCGUGGUGUCCUUCGAGGGAUACGGGAAGAACCUGACCACGGUGGCCACGUCGGCGGCGGCGGGCAGGAGCCACGUCGACUUCAGCCCGUGGCUGUUUUGUUUUCUGUACUACCUGCUCUGCAAGCUGAAGGUCUUGGCCUAAAUAAAAACGUUGUUAUUUAUUGUUACUAAAUUAAUGUUUAUUGAAUUCUGUUUGCCAUUCAACUACCUUUUCUACGCCCCUUCGGCAUAGUUAACCAUUUUGUAAAUAAAUACGAAUACUUCACAAAACCAA